AUGAAAACUAAGUCUGGUGAUUUUGUACCACAAAUGGCUCUACAGAGUUUAUGUAAAACAUAUCAAAAUAUGGACAUUGAGCAAAAGAAACACUUUUUGCUUAUUUUAGCACGAAAUUUGCACAUUGAUACGGACUUGGUUCGACAAUGUGCGGCACAAUUUGAGCAGAAUAUGACCAACGUGAAGGAUCCACGUAGUGGAAUUGUGAAUUGGGAACAUGAAAAUGUCGAGAGGUACUUGCGAACAUUGCGCAACCUUCGAAAUGCAUUGUCACCGCUUUAUGAGACCUUUUUUCAGCAAAUUCUGUCCCAACGAAAAAAUGGCAUGUUGUUUCUGGUACAUAUGCGUGCGGAUCUAUUGCAAGUUCUGCGGAAAAGUGCUGCCUAUGCCGAGAUCCCUGCCCUGCGCUCGCUGGAUACAAGCUUGAAACAAUUCUUGGCGUCAUGGUUUAGCGUUGGCUUUUUGAAGCUCGAACGUGUGACCUACGAACAAUCGUCUGGACAGCUCUUGGAGAAGAUCAUUCGUUACGAGGCAGUGCACCCUGUGGGCACAAUUUCUGAGCUCAAGAGACGCCUAGGCAACGGGCGCCGUUGCUUCGCAUUUUUUCACCCUAGUAUUCCAGAUGAACCGUUGGUGUUUGUGCAUGUAGCUUUAAUGCAACAGUUGGCGUCUAGCAUGCAAGCUAUUCGUGAUGAAACUGAGCAGUUGAUUGAAGCCUCUCAAACAAAAGCUGCAAUCUUCUACUCCAUCUCUUCAACGCAAAAAGGCCUUUCGGGUGUGGAUUUGGGCAACUUUCUCAUCAAAGAAGUCGCCAAAGCUCUUAAGACAGAGCAUGCCCAUCUGGAAGUAUUUGCAACAUUGAGUCCGAUGCCUCAAUUUAUGUCGUGGCUUCAAACCCAGCGGUAUACAACUGAUGAGGCGUUGGUUUCAUUGCUGGAGUUGGACGUGCUAGUUGACGUGCUGAACGACCGUGGAAGUACUGUCCAUUCGGAGUCCACCGCUGUGUCAAUUAUUUUGGACGCACUCUCAAUCGAAGGUUGGAGCGAGGAUCCAGACCUCGUUGCAGCGUUGAAGCCUAUCAUGCUGAAGCUUGGGGCGCACUACAUCUAUUGCAAAAAGAAACGCGGAAAAGCGCUUGAUCCUGUCGCAAACUUUCAUGUCCGAAAUGGCGCAAGUUUCGAGCGCAUUAAUUGGCUGGCAGAUUUGUCCAAGAAGGGUAUUGCUCAAAGUGCUGGAAUGAUGAUCACGUACAAGUAUGAUCUGGCGCAUGUGGAGACAAAUAACGAAAGCUAUUUGCUGCACAACAUUAUUCCCAUUGGCCUUCAGCCGCAGCAAGUACUCGGAGCUCGCACGAUGUAG